AUGUUCAUCAUUCAGUCAAGCAAGCCCAGUUAUUGUGGACACACUUUCGCCUCGAGCUCUUGCCAUACCGAAUACGACGGCAAGGUCGAAGCCGCUCUUCAGACCAAGACCGCGUUAGGAGGUCUUCUCAAGAGGACUUCGUCGCACCGGCAGCAAUCUAUCCGAGCUUUCGCUGACCAGCAUCUGCGAUUCCGACGCCACUCAGGUUUGUGUGUACAAUUUUUUCAUCGUAGUCUUCGGCUUAUUUUGUUGAUGCUGGCCAGCGUGUUGCUGUCCCAGACGACGUUGUUUACCGAACGCGUUGUGUUCUUCAUCGAAUUGAACUUUGAUGUGAAAUAUCAGCAGCACAUUUUUGUGCGUGUGGAAACCCCAUGCGGUGAGCAUGGCACGUUGGAGUUCACCGACGGCGAUGUCGAGCAAGUCUUCCGCCCGAUGCAACACGGUUGCGGAAAUGGUGUUUGGAAAAUCGAUGUGAUCGAUGAGAGCGAGACCGUCCUGUCUUCGCUCUCCAUGCCCAUCAACGGUGUUGGCAUCUUGUACUUCGAGAUUGGCAACGACAUGUGCCCGUCGCUGAUCGGCAAGGAAUUCCUUCACAAGAGCGGCGCUUGCCGUAAGCAUCGCGUUUAA